AUUCUUAAAAAAAUUUGGCUGCUUUCGCACUCCCGCUUUACAUCACACUGCACGCAUUCACAUUUAUCUGAGCUCCCGAAUACCUAUUCUGUCUCAGAUCAUAUUGACAUCUCUGCCCGCGCCGGUGAAUUCUGCUUUCGGAGCUCUGCCUCCUCGCCGGAAUCCAUGGCCGAUUGCGGUCUUUUCGCUUUCCUACUCUUUGUCGUUUUAGCGGCGGGCUGCUCCCUCACCGAAGCUGAGUACAUCGCCUACAACACCACCCCCGUGAUCGACCCCGGUAAGAUCAACGUCCACCUCGUCGCUCACAGUCACGACGAUGUCGGGUGGCUGAAGACCGUCGAUCAGUACUACGUUGGAUCGAAGAACGACAUCCAGGGAGCUUGUGUUCAGAAUGUUUUGGAUUCGGUUGUCUCCGCUCUUCUAGCAGAUAAGAAUAGAAGGUUUAUCUAUGUUGAGCAGGCAUUCUUCCAGCGUUGGUGGAGACAGCAAAGCGAUGCGACCAAGAAGAUUGUGAAGGAACUCGUCAGCUCGGGUCAAUUGGAGUUAAUCAAUGGGGGCAUGUGCAUGCAUGAUGAGGCGGCUCCACAUUAUAUUGACAUGAUUGAUCAGACAACCCUGGGCCAUCUGUUCAUUAAGCAGGAGUUUGGUCAGAUACCAAGGAUUGGUUGGCAGAUUGAUCCUUUUGGACAUUCAGCUGUACAGGCUUACUUGCUCUCAGCCGAGGUAGGAUUUGAUGCUCUUUAUUUUUCCCGGAUUGAUUACCAAGAUAGAGAAACACGAAAAGGGUUGAAAAAUCUCGAGAUUGUCUGGAGGGGAUCCAAGACACUUGGCUCAUCAUCUGAUGUUUUCACUGGCAUAUUCCCGAAGAACUAUGAACCUCCUCCUGGAGGUUUUUAUUUUGAGGUUAAUGACAAGUAUCCGGUCAUUCAGGAUGAUCCUCUGUUGUUUGAUUACAACGUGCAAGAGCGAGUUAAUGAUUUUGUUGCUUCAGCCAUAUCACAAGCAAACAUUACUAGAACAAAUCAUAUAAUGUUCACCAUGGGAACUGAUUUUAAAUAUCAAUAUGCAAAUUCAUGGUUCAGACAGAUGGACAAGUUUAUUCAUUAUGUUAACAAGGUAACUCGUUAUUUUGCAUGAGUUUCCGAGAAAUUU